AUAGAUCGCGUGUUAUUAAUUAUACAUUGUUAGUUAUUAUAUUUUUAUUAAAAUUUUCGUUGUUUUAUAAACUACGUAAUGGCCGCAACGUUGCGAUUAUUGAAAACUCAGAUACGAAAGGCAGGUUAUUAUGGAGUAGACGGUCAAUUGCGACAAUUUCAUGCCUCUGGGUAUGCAGCCUCGAAAGUGGCCAUAUCUAAAUAUGAUCCUGACGUAUGUUUGCCAUAUGACAAAUUAUGGGAAAAUUUGGAAUGCAUACGAUCUCGUAUAAAUCGUCCCCUUACCCUAUCGGAGAAAAUUCUUUAUUCACACUUGGAUGAGCCUAAAACACAACAAAUUUUACGUGGCACUUCAUAUCUGCGGUUGCGUCCCGAUCGCGUGGCGAUGCAGGAUGCCACCGCUCAAAUGGCUUUAUUGCAAUUUAUUUCUUCUGGCUUGAAAAGAGUUGCCGUUCCUUCAACCGUUCAUUGUGAUCACUUGAUAGAAGCUCAAAUUGGAGGUAAAAACGAUUUAGCUCGAGCAAAGGAUUUGAAUAAAGAAGUUUACGACUUUUUGGAGAGCACGUGUGCGAAGUAUGGUUUGGGUUUCUGGAAACCGGGUAGCGGUAUUAUUCAUCAAAUCCUUUUGGAGAAUUAUUGUUUUCCCGGCCUUUUGAUGAUCGGUACUGACUCGCAUACUCCAAACGGUGGUGGUUUAGGUGGCUUAUGCAUUGGUGUGGGUGGAGCUGAUGCUGUCGACGUAAUGGCUGAUCUUCCCUGGGAACUGAAAUGUCCUAAAGUAAUUGGGGUUCGCCUUAGUGGAAAAAUAAGCGGUUGGACAUCACCCAAAGAUGUCAUUCUGAAGGUAGCAGAUAUUCUUACCGUUAAAGGUGGAACGGGUGCCAUUGUUGAAUAUCACGGUGACGGCGUUGAUUCUAUAUCAUGCACUGGAAUGGGUACCAUUUGUAACAUGGGCGCAGAAAUUGGUGCUACCACUUCCGUCUUCCCGUUCAAUGAACGCAUGGCUUCAUAUUUGAAGGCAACCGGACGCAAAGCUAUUGCCGACGAGGCGAGAAAAUAUCAACGAAAAUUGUUAUCACCAGAUGACAAGUGUGCAUACGAUAAACUUAUCGAGAUCGAUUUAAGCAAAUUGGAACCGCAUAUUAAUGGUCCAUUUACACCAGAUUUGGCCCAUCCGAUAAGCAAACUAAAGCAAAAUGCCGAAAAAAAUGGUUAUCCUAUGGAUAUCAAGGUUGGCUUAAUUGGUUCCUGCACAAAUUCUUCAUACGAAGAUAUGGGCCGUUGCGCGAGUAUUGCCAAUGACGCCAUGGAGCAUGGUCUUAAAUCAAAAAUUCCAUUCAAUGUUACACCUGGCUCGGAACAAAUACGAGCCACCAUUGAACGUGACGGCUUAUCUCAAGUGUUUGAUAAAUUUGGUGGUACCGUAUUGGCCAAUGCCUGUGGCCCCUGUAUCGGUCAAUGGGAUCGCAAAGAUGUAAAGAAAGGUGAAAAGAACACCAUAGUCACAUCAUACAAUCGUAAUUUCACUGGUCGUAAUGAUGCGAAUCCCGCCACCCAUGCCUUCGUAACUAGUCCGGAAUUAGUCACCGCUCUAUCUAUAGCCGGUACUUUAGCUUUUAAUCCUCUAAAAGAUGAGCUGACUGGUUCUGAUGGCAAAAAAUUCAAAUUGAAAGCUCCGUUCGGUGCGGAAUUGCCCGCUAAAGGUUUUGAUCCUGGUAUGGACACUUACACAGCGCCGCCAGCAGAUGGGUCCAAUCUCACAGUUAGAGUUGAUCCUAAAAGCCAACGCCUUCAAAUAUUGGAACCUUUUGACAAAUGGGAUGGCAAGGAUCUAACCGAAAUGACUGUCCUUAUCAAAGUAAAAGGAAAGUGCACCACUGAUCAUAUAUCCGCUGCAGGACCCUGGCUCAAAUUCCGCGGACACUUAGAUAAUAUCUCUAAUAAUAUGUUUAUUGGCGCCACCAAUAUUGAAAAUAAUGAAAUGAAUAAAAUUAAAAACCAACGCACUGGCGAUUGGGGUGCUGUGCCCGACGUGGCCCGAGACUAUAAGGCUAAUGGCAUAAAAUGGGUGGCUGUAGGUGACGAUAAUUACGGUGAAGGUUCUUCUCGCGAACAUGCCGCUUUAGAACCACGUCACUUAGGUGGACGAGCUAUAAUUGUGAAGUCGUUUGCCCGCAUUCACGAAACCAAUUUGAAAAAGCAAGGUCUCUUGCCACUUACCUUCGCCAACCCCUCCGAUUACGAUAAGAUACAACCCUCUAGCAAAAUUUCUCUGCUGGAUUUAGCUAAUUUAGCCCCUGGCAAAUCGGUUGAAUGCGAAGUUAAAACUGACAAUAAAGUAGAAAAAAUUAAAUUGAACCACACCUUGAAUGAACAACAAAUUGCCUGGUUUAAGGCUGGCAGCGCUCUAAAUCGCAUGAAAGAAUUAUCUGGAUAAGAAGCUUAUGCGCGCUUCGCCCAUGUUAUGAUGACCGAGAAGCUACUGCACAACCGCAUAACUGGUAACGAAAUCGUCGUCAGCCGUACGUGAGAUACUUGUGUUGUUUAAAAAAAAAAGGAUAAAUAUCUAAAUAAUUACGAAAUAAAGCGAAGCACAAUUGAUUGAUUGAUUGAAA